GAGCCGGUGGCAUGGCAACCGGAGCUGCGGAGAGGACCGGCGGGGCGAUGGCGGCGAGGGUGACGAAGAUUAAGAAGAGCAAGAAGAAGAAGAACAAAUCGAAAAAGGGCGUGCGUGCUGUGCGGGCUCCGAUUGCUGUCAAGGCGGCCAAGCCGACCAAGCCGACUCAGUCGACCAAGCCGACCAAGGGUGCGACCGCGAUGACCAAGCCGACCAAGUCGAUGACGGCGGCGACGACCAAGCCGGCACAGAUCACGGUUCAAGCCCAUCCAGCCCACCCAUUGCCCGCUGAUCUGCCUGUGGACACCCACACACCAGCGAUCAUUCACUACAUCCACAACCGCGAGUCGGAUCAGCCGCUGAGCGAGGCCGAGUUUGCGGCGUACCAGGAGCAGUCGCUGCGGGGCGCGUCGCACUUUGACGCCUGCAUGUGGGUUGAGGCUGUUCUCGCCAAGCGCGGUGGAUCGCAGGGCAAGGCGCUGCUGGACGUGGGCGCGAUCAACGCGCUGCGGUAUGUGCCGGGCAAGCCGCCGCUGCGGCUCGGACGGGCACGGGCGAUCGACCUGCAUGUUCUCGGCGAGGACUCGGCUGUGGAACAAGCCGACUUUCUCGAGCUCGAUCCGAAGCAGGAGCGGUACGACUAUGUUGUGCUCUCGCUAGUGGUCAACUUUGAGGUCGAUCCGCGGAAGCGCGGCGCGAUGAUGUUGCAGGCCAACAAGCUGCUGGCUGAAGCUGCACCCGAUGCCGGCCUGUGCUUCUUUGUUCUUCCCAAGGCAUGCUUUGAGCGGUCGCGCUAUCUCAACUACGAGGUAUUUUCGGAUCUCUGCACCGAGGCCGGCUUUACCAUCGAGGAACGGACAGUGACCGAUCGGCUCUCGAUGUUUGUGCUGGCCCGGACGAGCGCACCAGUGGGCUCGGGCGUGCCGCGGCGCAAGGUGCGGACAAACAAGGGUGCGUACAACAACUUUGCCAUUAUCAUCAAGACGCCGGCGUCGGCUGCCGGCCCGACCGCCACUGCGGCGGCGGGCCGGCCGGGCAAGAAGCUGACGUCGAACCAGCGGAAGCGGGCGCGCAAAGCCAAGAUGCGCGAGCUGGCGCGCAAGGCCAAGUCGCAGGCAGUGUAA